AUGCAUCUUUGGCGGGAUCAAAAGGACGGCGGUGGUGGUCAAGGUCAAGGUGCCCAUGACGCCGGGCCGGGAUUAGGAUUGGGAUCAGCAGGAACCGCAACGGAACCGGGAUCGGGAACAGGCGGAGGAGGACAUGGAGGGGAGGGAAACAGUACCACGAGUCCGGGUUCACAAACACAGCAGCAGCACGAUGACGGAGGCUCCAACAAACAAGGCACCAUUCGUCGAAACUUUCGAAAGGUGAUUCCCGGCCUGCCUCGAACUCAGACAUUCAAGAGACAGCAAUCCGAGCAGCGCGACCAUCUUCAACCUGUACAACCUACCCCUGCCGAGCGCAGAGCUGCUUCAGUCGAUAGACGCAUGCAUGCCAUCAACAGUGCAUCGACAUCGCUGGUCGGAUUGGGUGUAGGAACCGCCGCCGCCUCACUUCCCAGGAGUAGCGCGCCAAACUUCCAUCAUCACUUUGGCCGUUCUUCUCAUAUCUCUCAGGUCGACUCUCCUGUUCCUUCGUUACCUACGAUUCCUCAAGAAUAUACGCCGGUAAACAGCAGUUUCCGAGGCCUAACCGGACAUGAGCUAGAGCAAGAACUCGACAAGAACUACCACGACAAUAGUAACCAUCUGCUGCGAGCUCCUGCUCUCGCUCGUCUCCAUGGGUCGGAUGCCGCCAUCUCGGAUUGUGAUGCGCACUCGAUAACAUCUUCUCAGUACCACAACAUGAUACACGACGAGUUGGAGAAGAUCUGGAUCCUGAAUCUGUCAAUGCACUUUCGCGACAAGUCCAAGAGGGAGAAGUUUUUUGUCACGUACAGACAGAACGAGUCGCUAUGGCGCAGAGUGACAAUAUCCCUCGAUUACCGUGAUGCUCAGGAGGGUUCAUUGGAGGAGGAGCUAGUCGACAUCAAGUUCCAGCGCGAUAAGAGUUCGAGGAUCUACGAGGCAAUUCGAGACAGUUUGGGGGACAUCCAGUUCUAUCCUACCGUCACGAAUCUGAAGCUUCAAACCACGGACAAGAGGUUACAUGUCCACGUGGUGGAAGACGUCAAUGAAAUCAUCAAUUAUCCAACCGUGCGCAUGAUCCAGCACAUGCGCUGCCGCCGCAUCAGAGAAUCCGAAGUCGAAUUUGACUCCCACAUUUCCGGCUUCGUCUACAAAGUCCGCGUCAACGGCGAGACCUUGAUCAAGAAAGAGAUACCCGGCCCCGACACCGUCGACGAGUUCCUCUACGAGAUCAACGCGCUCAACCGCCUUCGCGCCGCCGAGAACGUCAUUGAGUUUUACGGCAUCAUCGUUGACGACUCGGGCGAGCUCGUCAAGGGCCUGCUGAUCAGCUUCGCCGAGCACGGUGCCCUGAUCGACAUCAUCUACGACUACCAGCUCCAAGGCGGCCUUCCCUGGUCUACGCGCGAGCGCUGGGCGCGCCAGAUUGUGGGUGGUCUGGCGGACAUACACGAGGCGGGGUUCGUUCAGGGAGACUUCACCCUGUCCAACAUCGUCAUCAACAACGAGUGGAACGCCAAGAUCAUCGACAUCAACCGACGCGGCUGUCCGGUGGGAUGGGAGCCGCCCGAGGCGACGCCGUUGAUUGAGAACAGCCAGCGGAUAUCCAUGUACAUUGGCGUCAAGUCCGAUCUCUACCAGCUGGGCAUGGUGCUUUGGGCUCUAGCGACGCAAGAGGACGAGCCUGAGGCUCAUGGACGUCCGUUGAGGAUUGGGCCCGAGGUUACGGAUGUCCCGGAUUGGUACGUCGAAAUUGUGAAUAUCUGUCUGGAUCCCAACCCGCGCAAGAGGAGACAGGCGCUGGACUUGCUGGAUCUGUUUCCGGAGCCGGAGCCGGUGGAGCCAAAUCAGUAUAGCUAUCAUAACCCGGAAUCGGUCUCGGUCGACGAUGGGUACUCGCGCCAGGAGUAUCUGGUUGGCACGGAGCCGACGAAUGGGGUACCCAAGAUUAUCAAGACUUUUGAGUCGCCGUCAGAUCAGGGAUGGGAUUAUUUCAGCAGUAAUGCUGCUGCUGGAGCAAGCGGUGUGGGGAGGGGUCGUCCGUCGACGAUAUCUCCUGCACCAUCCGAAGACCAACACUGGUAUCCGCCACGAGGUCGAUCACCACCUUCUCCCCUUCCCAGCGAUGGCGGGUACGAUGACCCGGCGAGAUUCCGACAUCAUGCGCGUCCUUGGGGGAAUAGCAGUACUUACCAGGAGCCGAGUAGCUUGACUGUUCCGUCUUCGUACGGCAAUCUGAAAGGCGACGUGGACGAAUUUGGGAAACAAAACGAAGCAGAAUCAUUGAGGCAACAACACGACCCAAGAAUUUCUUUCACUUCCUUCAUCUCCACCGCCCCCUCCGGCAACACCGACGCCGCCUCGCUACCGCUCAAAGACUCUCUCACCCGGGAAGCCCUCAAAUGGCGGCCCGAGACCACAUCUUCCAAUGGCCCCACAGCCAACAACAACAUGUCACACGAACUCACCCUCCGCGACCAAUACGGCGAACCCAGCAGUAGUAGCAACGAUCACAGCCGAACAGUAGAACCGCAGUACAACACCACCCAAUCCCACCACCAAUCCCGCUUCAGCCGUACCCACUACCGCUCCUCCUCUGACACAGAAGAAGGCGAAGAAGCAGACGGCGACAGACGAGACAAACCCCUCUCCCGCGCCGACUCAGGCAAGUACUUCACCGAGCCCACCAAGCCCGGGCCCGAUCUAGCCUACGCAGCCAUCACCGAGGCGCGAGAUCGCGACAGGCUGGAGCAGCAGUUCAGGAUGGAGGCAGCGGAGGUCAUGGCUGGGCGGUAUCAUGGGCAUGGGCAUCAUCAAGAUGGCCGGGAUCGGGAUGAAUACCAACCACAACCACAACAACGGUCGUCUGGGUAUCAUUAUCAAGACCGUGGCCUGGGGGAUCGGAAUGGUCAUGGCAAUUCGCAAUUGGAUAGGGAUCGGGAUCGGGAGUUGGAGCGGUAUGGUGGGAGAGAGUUGGAUGUGUUGAAGGGGAUUGGGGGAGCUUAUACUUAUGGUGAUUUGUCUUUGAGGGGGAAGCGGGCUGUUGAUGAGGAGGGGGAUGAGGAGGAGGUGGAGGAGGAGGAGGAGAUCGAUAUGGAUUUGUUUGGUGGGCAGAAGGAAGGGGGAUAUCAGCAGCAGCAUCAGCAGGAACAACAGCAACACCAACAACGACACCAUACGAACUACGAGACGACGAGAACCUAA